GGCUGCGUUGUAAGUCAGGCCACCGCGCACGAGCCAAGCAGUGGAGGCCCAAGCAGGUAAGGGCAAGUGAUAACAUCUGUCCCACCUCCGUCACCCGCACCGCCCUUUCUUUCCCGCCCCCUCCUCCCAUUUCUGUCGUCACCACUCGACCCGCGUCAUCAUCCCAGUGUCGUCAUCAAUAUAGGUACAAUGUCCAACUCCCCUCCCAGAAACGCCGACGCUGCCGCCUCUGCUUCCUCCUCGCACAGCGACAAACACCAGCAGCAACAGUCGUCUCAACCCCGCAAGAUUCGCUCCGAUUUUGAUCUCGAGCCCAACCCUUUUGAGCAGUCCUUCAGUCGUCCCUCGCACGUCCGACACACUUCCGCCGCAAACAAUCGCGAUACAAACACUUCAUCCCCCGUCUCUGUAGGCAAGUCUUCAGAUAAGGACCGCCCAAGUUCUGCUGCCUCCAAGAACGAUGCCCGCUCGGCAUCGCCCCGCCCCGUCCUCCCUCCUCUUGCCGCCCUCGCCUCCCCAUCAGAGAACGGCUACAACUGGCAGUUCUCUUCCCUCGCAAACUCGCUAAGGGCUGGGCCUCUGUCCCCUGCCAUGCUCGCUGGCCCCCAACAGGGCUCAGAUUCUAAUUCGCAUCUCCCAUUCGACCCUUCCUCCUUCCGCACGGGCCUUACUCCUCGAAGCGGCCUCACUCCCCGCACCGGUCUUACCCCAGGUACAGGCCUUACGCCGCUUGUUGGCGGCCCUGUGUCCUUCCCACCCCCUUCCCCCAACACCGCCGCCUUCCUUGCCCUCAUGAACAACAGCUCGGCGAACUCGGGCUCAAAUGCUACCAUCACCCCCAACACCCUCUCCGCUAUCACUGGCGUCCUCAAUGGAUCUAACGGCCAGCAAUACAACAACUCCACCCCUCAUGUUCCCUCUAGCCUCUCGACGUCUCACACCGCCAAGCAGGAGGACAAUAACGGCAACUCCAACGGCAACUCCGGCGGCGACAAUGCGAUUAACUCCAACAAUAACAGCUCCACCUCUCAGGAAUCGCAGUACCUCGCCAAUGCCUCGAACGCUGCUGCAACCGCAGCAAACGGUCUCUACCUGCUUUCGCAAGCUCACCAAGAGCUGACUAAGCGGGAGGAGGCUCAAGCUCGUGCUAAUGGUGCAACACCAGCCGUCAACGGCAAGCGGGGGGCGAAGCGCAAGUCUUAUGAUCUUGACAGCCCACCUCCUCCACCGGCUCCGACCGCCCGGACAGCAAAUCAAGGUCCCGCCCCUACAAAGCGGGCACGGGCUAACACCGCUACAAGCACCACCAGCACGGGCGGCCUGGGAAAGAACUCACUUGAUGGUGAAGAGGAAGAGGAGGAAGAGGAUUUCGACGAUGACGACGAGCAAGAGCGACACCAGCAGAAUCCUCAAGGUGGUCGGAAGCAGAAGAAGCCAGAGACUGAAGAGGAGAAGCGGAAGAACUUCUUGGAGCGUAACCGACAAGCCGCUCUCAAGUGCCGACAGCGGAAGAAGGCCUGGCUGGCUCAGUUACAGGCAAAGGUCGAAUAUCUUCAAAACGAAAAUGAGCGCUUAACGUCAGCUUUGGUAUCAUCCCGUGAAGAGAUAUCACGGCUAUCAGCUCUUGUUGGCGGCGCUGUGAUCGGUCCAGGAGGAUCAACAGUCGGAUCGGGGAUGGUUCCUUCGGCCGCUCCCACUGGGGUAAGUGCCGAUGGCUUUGGGGUGGCCGUAGCUCUAAACAAAUAUCGACAGCCCGUCAGCAUGAACAUGAAUCUGAACUCAAAAGCUGGCGCGUCAGCUGCUGCGGCCUCCCGGAGUAGUGGUGGUUACGGAUACUAGGGGUCGCCACGCAGGGGCUUGAUGCCGUGCUGGUGUGUGUUGUUUCUUCGGGAUGUCACGGGAUAUAGUUGUAAUCAUUUGGUUUAAUAGGUCGUUAUAUUAUUAUUUGUCUAUCAGUGUACUCAUACACGCCCGAGUACACUCCUCGCGUAACCCGACACACCUUCGCCUUCAGCUUCAAUCUUCAUACGCUAGCAUUUGCACGUUAUAUCCAUGACAUCCCACCAGCUUCACCUCCCAUCCAUGGCCCUCUCAUGACCAUUUCGACACGGCGCAUAUACAAUGACACCAGCAUCACGGUGUAUGUACGACGUUUCAAUCGGACCUGUCUUGACUUCUGGCCAGGCGAUCACACCAUGCGGACUCUGUUCUACGACCUCUGUUACGUUUACAUGUGAGUAUACGCGAGUUGGAUCGAUUAAUCUUCUCGGCGGAUCCUCGGGCGAGCUGCUGGCACGCCGUUUGUACGAUAGUGAUGUACGUUACAUACAAAACAUGUUACACAGUGCCUACUCACAUACACAUAUGCUUCGUCGGUGGCGUCUCAUACAAGGCAGCCGCCACGACUGAUUUAUUGAUCAGAAAAUGUAGACUGUACGCUACGGUUCAAUUGUAUUGCAUAGAUUUGGAACCUUCCACAGUUUGCGACCAAUGUGAUUGACAUUUGCCUCUCGCCUUGGAGACGCAAACGUUCCUUGCCC